AUGCCAUCAGGCGGCAGAGGCUCGCGCUACUCGACCAUCACCAUCAAUCCCUCGACCUGGAACACGGCCACGCCUGACUCGUCCGCGUACAGCUCGCCCGCCCCAUCCGUCCUCGACUCAGACGAGGAGAGGGUGAUGGACGGCUGGCACUUCUCGCGGCCGUCCAGUCUGGCUCUCCCAGGUGGUCCGAUCUCUUCCAGGCCGACGCUGGAUGAUGUGCUCUCCAACACGGCGGCGCCUCCGUACACGCUCGCGGCCUUCAUGGCCUACCUGUCGCAGAACCACUGUCUCGAGACGCUCGAGUUCACCAUGGACUCGAAACGGCAGGUGGGCGAGUUCCCCAUCCUCUCAGACAGCCCGCAGGCAGACCAUCUCUGCAUGCUCUGGCACAGGCUGCUCUCUGCCUAUGUCAUGCCAGGGUCUCCCCGAGAAAUAAACCUUCCAAGUGCCGUCAGGGAUGCCCUGCUGAGACACUCCAAUCUGAGAAGACCUCCGCCACCCGAGACUCUGGAUGCUGCAGUGAAGCGAAUACAUGACCUCAUGGACGAGUCCAUCUUCAUUCCAUUCUUAAACAGCCACGUCUCGCCCCAGUCGCAACCGAGCUACUCCAGGGAUGGCUCCCCAGAGGAACGUGAGGUCAGUCGACACAAGUCGAUGCGUCGGCGGCUAUCACCGCAGUCGUCCUUUGUCUCCUCCCCUCGCUCUACCGCCGGUGGAUAUUUCUCCUACCACCACUCCUCGACACCCUCUACCAGCCCGCCUUCUGCCCACCAAACCAUCUCCAGGACAACAACCACCACCAGCAGCCGCUCCUCGCCCUACGGCUACACCAGCGGUGACUCAGCCUCGGGCACAUUGACAGACGACUCCGGGAGCAGUCUGCCCUCCAGCCCCGGUGCAGGCGACCCGAUGACUCCGCCCACCACGCCCCCGUCUAGCGACCUGCAUCAUCACCAUUCUUCCAAGAGCCGUCAAGACAACGCCUGGAAGAAGAUGGGCAUGAAGCUCGGAUGGAAGAAGAAGUCGGGAGGCAGCAGCACCACUGGUCGUGGCUGCUCUACAACCUCAACGUCACGGGACGGUCGAUAUCAAGAUGACAUGUAUUAA